UUUGAUGUGUCGUGUUGUCAAAAUUGUAACAAAUUUGUUGUAGACUUUCUAUACAAUAUUUUUAACUUAAAAUAUUUGUAAAAUAACAAGUAUUCCUUUAAAAAAUCAUGUACUGUACAUAAAGCGUGCGUUUAUAAAUUGCUUUACGCAUACGAAGAUAUAUUAGUGUUGUUUCAUUUAUUUAAAAAAAUACAAAAUAUACAAUCAUGGAUGGAACUUGGGUUCUGAUCUUACUAGCUUUAGUGAUGCUAGUUGGGUCUUAUGUUGCCGGGAGUAUACCCCUCAACGUGAGCAUGUCAGAGGAUAAAUUGCUCAAAGUGACAGUAUUCGGAGCUGGUCUGCUCGUCGGCACAGCGCUGGCUGUGAUAAUUCCAGAGGGGGUACGAGCCCUGUUCGCGGAGCGUACUGUACUCGUUACAAAAGAUUACACACCGGAACCAAGUCGGCAGGAUGACCUCCAUUCUGUUAUUGGGAUAUCACUAGUGUUGGGUUUUGUCUUCAUGUUAAUAGUCGAUCAAAUGUCUUCAAAGUACAAUGAGACAAGUAAUCCCACUGAGAAGAAUAUCACCGCUACCGUUGGUCUGGUGGUACACGCCGCUGCCGAUGGUGUAGCCCUAGGCGCAGCCGCUACGACAUCCCACGCGGACGUCGAGUUAAUUGUGUUCCUAGCGAUAAUGUUGCACAAAGCACCCGCCGCCUUCGGUCUUGUCACGUUCUUGUUGCACGCCGGCUUGGAAAGGAACCGCAUAAGGAAACAUCUUCUGAUCUUCUCGUGUGCUGCGCCAUUGCUCGCAGUCUUAACUUACUUCGGCAUCGGCAACGAGAGCAAGCAGACGCUGAGUGACUUCAACGCGACUGGUAUCGCGAUGCUGUUUUCGGCGGGAACGUUUUUGUACGUAGCAACGGUGCACGUGUUGCCUGAACUCACGCAUCCUCAUUCGCACACCCAUACACUGUUACCCCUCCAAGAUGGCGUCCCCACUAAGAAAGGUUUCGGUGGACUGCAACUCUGCGAAGUUAUAAUAUUAGCGAUCGGUGCAAUGUUGCCAGUACUUUUGACUAUGGGACACGAACACUAGAUGGUGAAGAAUAAACUUUGAAAGAUUUCUUAUAGAAAAAAAAUUAAUUCGAAUUUCGUAUUCGGAACAAAUGAGAAUUUAUUGUUGAUUGUGCCCGAGACUUCUGUUGUCUAUGGAAGCAAUGUUUAUAAAGUCCGGUAAUAAUGUUAUUAUUCUUCAAAGUGAGCCAAAUUAAAAGUAAUUAAGCUUGUGACUUUUGCACAAACUGACGUAUCCGUUCGAGAUACGAAAAAGUCUAUUUGAACAAAUUUAAAAAAGAAUAAUUCGUUUCUUAAAUUAUAUGUCGAUGAUUAAAAAAUCUUUAGACGGUGCAUUCCAAAUCUGUACAGAUAUUCUGUAAGAACAAUAUCGAAUCAUCAGCAUUAUGAUUCUGUAAGAACUCACUUCGUAUCUCACUCGUGAAAUAUUGACAAGUGACUUACGGUGAUACUCCAUUUUGAUACGUGUAUCCUAUAAAUUUUAUAUUCUGAGAGAUUUGAGUGUACAUAGCACGAUCGUUUUAUGUCCGAAAAAAAUAUAUACUAAAAUCAUGUUAUAUUUAAAUAAUAGAACAGAUAUGACAUCAAAAUAAUAUAAUGAGUUGGUUUUCGAAUGAGUUCUUACAGCGGAAUCAGCUGUCACGCACGUAAAGGCUUAAACAUUGUGACGUCAUAUACGUUCGGACACGUAGACAGGUCAUCGGUACUUCGUUGAAAAAUUUUAGUUCUCAUCUAAUUUGGGGAGUUAAAUAACUUUUCUGUUGAAAAAUCUAAAUAUAUGCACAUGUGGAAUUAGUUCCAAACUUACUUCUCAAAAGGUAUUAGCCCAGCAGUGGGAUAUUUACCGGCUGUAUUUGCUUUUUUUGGAACGAAGUUCUUUUACGCGGUUUAAAGUAGAGUGAACUGGCAAAAAUCAAAUCAAAUAAAUUUUAUUCAAGUAAACUUCACAAUGAAGCGUUUUUGAAUCGUCAAUAUUAAAAUACUACCACCGUUUCGGAAAGCAGCUUCCAGCGAGAAGAAACGGCAAGAAACUCGUGAUGUCAAUAUCACGUAAGGACAAAGCGUUACGCUCCAGCCGACCUUUCCCUCUCUUUCUCAUUAUCUCCAUCUCUUUCUAUUAUAAACGGUUUAAUAUACAAAAAUUUAAACUUAUUUUUUGAUAAUAACUUUUUUUACAUUUCAUUAUUCUCAAACGCUUAAUCACAAAAUCUGAGAAACUAUAACACUUGCAAACUCGAAAUUUCUCAGCUAGGUUCCUUAUGGUGUAGGGGAUGUCCUCUAUGAACAGAUUUUACGAAACUCCACCAGUCCGAUAUGGACACUUCUAAUGCCGUCAACAUCUUC